AUGAGUUCGGGUUUGGAUGAGUUGAAAGGCUCUGAAUGUUCAUUCUUAGCGACGCUGCAGCAAAUACAGCGGUUGUUGGAACCCAGGCAAGUCAACGUAAGGUCGAGUUGCGACCCGUUGAGCGGGCUAGUUCAGCAAACACAGGCCUUGGCCUCUACUACAAUGUCUUUAGUUCAAAAGCAUGCUUUACUUGCCCAUCAAUGGCAAGCUCCUGGCUCUACACACCAAAAGGCGCUAAGCAUCUGGCUGGAAGACCAUAUUUUGCAGAGUCUAUACAAGUCUCUCUUAGAUGGCGCAUUGAGACUGAUUUUUGGCACCAGCGCGCUUCUGCGACAGUUCUCCCCAAUCUCUGAGUUUGCUCAGCUCACAAUGGCUGUGGCUCAAAGAUUACAACAGAUGGCGCUGUUGUGUAGUCCCCAAAACGUUUCGGUUUUGUCAUUUUGCAAAUCUUUUGAGAAUAGCUUCCUAGCGCAAUGGAACAAAGCAGAUUCUCAGGACUACCAAUAUGAUAAUGUUAGGGACAUAUUGUCACACGAGCAUGCACUAGUAAGCCCGUCGUUGAUAGACACUACAAAGUUUGUUAAGCGAGACUAUUUCAGACUCACGUUGCCAAAAUUCGGGUAUCAUGACAUACUGGUAGAGCUACUUCAACUUUCUAGCGGGGAAUUGGCUAUUUUCAAAGUCAAAAGCUGUCGGUUGCCGGUCGAGUCUGUUGAGCAGAUGUCGCAGCUUUUCGCUAUUAGUCAAACUUUCAAGUCUUUGGGCCUUGGUAGGUCCUUGCUAUUCCCUUCAAUGCGUAAAGACGACUUCUGCAUUGUUUCCCGUGCUCAUUCUUAUAUCAAACUGAGCAGUAAAACAGGAAAUAAUGUGAUGGUUUCUUUAACAGCUGUUGAUGCAUCGCAUUGGAAAGCUCAUUGGGAGGCCUAUUUUGCCCAAAUGUUCUCUGGCGUCUCACUCAAUGCCAAAGAAUUAACCUCCACCACUACGCAUGUAACGAAAUCUGCUCACCCAUUGCAGAAUUUCAGAAUUAAGCACGAUAAGUUGGCUACUCUAAGGCCAGAAAAUAAUGCAGGGCUUGGUGUUAGCGUGGCUCACAACGUCGCAGUGCCAACAUUCGCCACUGAACGCCGCACUAAAACUUUACUUCACAAGUCAAAACCGCUGGACACUUCGCUUUCCUCUCAAAUGCCAGCGUUGGAUACCUUGGCAGAUCUAGAGAAUCUGGAUUGCGAGUCCUUGCUGCGACUGGACCAAAAUAUCAGUAUUAGUGCGUCUCCGGGUUCGAAAUAUGUGUCAGAUCUCGAUGAAGGAAAUUUCAAACGAGUCGAUUCCGCCACGUCAGUGUCACGAAACGAAGUCUCAUCUGGUGAAUACAUCGAGGACUGCGAGAGUUUCUUGUCAUCUCAGGAAGACGAAGAAAAACAGGAAGAACCGUUCGAUUUAAGUUCUGAGUUUUACAGGCCACAACUGACGAGGCGAAAAUCAUCCUCAUUGUUAAGCCUUUUCAGUUCCAACAAAUCCAAAACGUCGCUCAAGAAUUCAAAAAACUUGACACUAGAUUUACCCGCCGGCAAUUCCACAACAAGCUUACUGGUUCUUCCUACACCAGCUUCUCCCAAUUCUAUACCUUUGGCAUCACCACAACGCGAUGAGUUUUGCACCAUCCCAGAGGGGAUCAAUUUGCGAGAAGGAUUCCGUAUUUGCGACCACAACGUUAAAGUUUCAUACUGGCAUGUGAACAGCUGGAGAGCCGUAUCCAAGGAUUACUUGUCCAUUAAGCUUCACGAAACUAAUGACGGCAAAGUUCUGUGUCUUUUGUCAGGAAUGAAAGAACCUCAGAAUCUUCAUUUAUGCGCAUUUGUUACGCCCGAUUGGAAGGUAACGAGACCUGCUGCACAAGAUGUUCAGCUUAGAAUACCCAACAAAAGCUUUGCAGCGACCGCACUACCAGCAGGUACAUCUGUGAUCAGUUUGAGAUGUCCUCAGAUUGAGAAGCUGCUUAACACAUUACUUCACUGCAUAAGACAAAAUUUGCCAUCCCAGAUAAAGGCUUCGACCACAUGCGGAACAAUGUCCGCAUCGUCAUCCACAUUCAGUAGCCUUGACAUGCAUGUGUCCCGCUCGGACACGACAUCGACUGGUCUUUCCUCGAUUGCCCAAGAUAAUUUCAGUCGCAGCAAAGAGCAAACGGUAUCGCUCUUACUAUUAUCUAAUGUAAAAGUCAGACUGCAUCAGCGGGAUAUCAAGGAAGGCUGGGUUCUCAAGAGCAAGGGAUUGCUGGACGUAUAUUCAAAGGAAACACAAGGCCAUGUCACGGCUUUACGAUUCGAUAUAAUUCUGGACCGGACACAGAAGGCUGAGUUCAACAGCAAGCUCAACAACAUAAAAAGGAUAGGAAGAACUGGAGUAUCUCUGAUUCAUGACUCUGAAGACUAUCUCAUUGAAUUCAAGAAUCAAAUUGUAGCAAAUGAAGUUUACAAGUUAAUAACCUGCUUAAUAUAA